AUGUAAAUUUUCGGAAAUCCAUACAGCCCUCCAACUAGAUUAGUUGUAAACGUGGCUAGAUAUCUUGAUUUAGAAUUUCAAUAUGAGUUAAUAGAUUUAUUCAAAGGAGAGCAGCAUAAACCAGAGUACCUAGAGAAAAAUCCUAAGAAAAAAGUUCCCUUAAUAAUUGAGUCUGAUGGCUUUCAGCUAAGUGAGUCAUAUUCAAUUGUGAGAUAUCUUGCUGAAAAGAAUAACAGAGUCGACAUUUACCCUACUGAUCCUAAAUAGAGAGCUGCUAUUGAUAUGCAUCUCAGUCUAAUGAAUGAUCUGAGAAUUAAUGGUCAAAUAUAUCUAACUGCUAAAAUUGUUUUGCCUAAAAUUGGAAAAGAAAAUAUUUUCCCAGAGAUUGUCACUACAAACUCAAAGGUAAAUCUUGACAAAAUAAUGAAGGAAUACGAUACCCUGCUAGAGGGAAGAAAUUACGUGGUUGGAGAUUCCCUUACUCUCGCAGACUUUAACUUGUUUGUGCUCUAGUACCCUCUUUAAUAUCUCCUAAAAGAAUAGCUAUAAGUCACUCAUCCUAACAUUUAUAGAUUUGCCUAACAUUUAAAAGAAGUUUACCCAGUAUUUGCCCAAGAUGAGAAAGAAUUUCUGGAAUUUUUAAGCAAUUUCUGA